AUGAGUGGUGUGAAUGUGACUGGUCAAUCAACGGCCCGCUCUCUCGAUGCCCUUCUCCAGGAUUACGCAUUCAGGGUGUUGGUUCGUCCACAGACAGGCAUUCCUUACGACGGCACUGUCCCGACCAACCUGACGGGCAUCAAGAUUGCCGCCAUAAGGCUCAGGAAUGGAAGCUUCAGAAGACGUGGAGUCGCCGCUUUCAAGGAGUUCUCCAUUCCCAGUGGCGUCAUCGUCAAGCCCUACGUGCAGAGGCUCGCCUUGGUUUACCACAACUUGGCCAAUUUUUCUCAAUUUUAUUAUCCUCUUUCCGGCUACGACUACGUUGCUCCGGUCCUUGGUCUUCUGGCUUACGACGCUACAAAUCUCACAGCCACGAACUUGAAGGAGCUGGACAUGAGAGCGUCGGGGGAUCCCAUAAGGAUCGAAUUCUCCAAACUCAGACGCAUUCCUCAAGGCUCAAGCGCAAGAUGCGUCAGGUUUGAUUUAGAGGGUCUCGUGAUCUUCAGCAACAUGGUUGGGAACACCUGCGAGACCCUGCAGCAGGGGCAUUUCUCGAUCGUGGUGAAGUCAGGGGACAAGUCCAGCCCCAAUAGUUGGAUAGUCAUCGGAUCAGUGGGAGGAGCCUUAUUACUGCUGGGGCUAUUGACGUUGUUCUUGGUGUGGUGGAUUAGGAGACACAGGCUUGAGAUGAGAAUACGAGAGAUGGAGAGAGCCGGAGAGACAGGAGAUGUGCUGAGGAUAACACUCGUCGGCGAUACCAAGGCCCCCACCGCUCCUACAACUCGGACACAACCCAUUCUCCAGACUGAAUAAACUCCCAAUGUUUUGUUGGUUGCGUCAUUGAGCUGUCCCAGCAUCACGAUCCGAUUAAGUCUGUCAGUUUCUGUUGAAGAACAAAGAUUCGGAUUCCCUAUACAUUCUCAUGCUCUUAUACUCAUGUCUUUUUAGACAGCAAUUGUACCUACCUCAUCCUUCUGACCAAAAGAGGAAAAAAAUCAGCGCUUUUUCAUCUCAAGUAUUCACGAUCAACGAUUCCUAAACGUCACAUUUUUCUACGACAUUCACAAAUCUUCAGUCAGGACUUUGAACACUGAUUGAUGCUAGCACUGACGGGGCAAAGGUUAACACUCUGAAAGGAGCCUUGAAUAGAAGACAGAGGGUCCCCAUGUGAACCAAAAAACAGAGGCCCUGUCUGGACUCUCAACCCUUUGAGCGUUCAUCGCUUAUACGCUCAGACCCAUCUUUACCAUUAACCAUAAGUGGGGGAGGCAUGUGAUAGUGAUAAUGAUGCAAUCCUCUCCCUUCUUCAGUAAUCUGCAAAACCAGUCUAUGCUCCUCAUCCCAGAUCCCAGUGGAGACGUUGCAUUCUACAACAUGUCAUGAGCCUCCCCCAACACAAGUCAACAGUCAUAACUGUCCAGCUUUUGGGGAUUUUCAAAUGAUUACCAUGAAGUCUGAUGGGUAACAGACCAGAACGAUGCUCCAACCCAAAAGCACACGCCUCAAUCUUUCCAAUCUCACUCUUUAGACAGCUUGUCCUACCAAUCGUUUGCAGGGAAAACAUGUCAUUUUUGGAAAAACCAAAAUCAACUCUAACCCUACCCUGCCCUACCCCUACCCAACCACAUAAUGCACGUUCACUGUAACUGUCAUGCUAAAGUUCUUGUAAGGAUGCUGAUUCCCAUUCUCUGAGAUGCUUUGACUUUGAUGAGGCAAUCCUCCAGAAAGUAUUACAAGGCAUGGAUAAUACACAGACGGAAAACACCUUUCAAUAAGCCAACCAAGUAGUUCAUCUUUCCAGACACGCAUUCACAAAACGAGAGUGAAUUUCAGUUUCAGUUAACCUUGCUACCUUAGCAAGCACAAUAAUCAGCAAUUAUAAGAAAAAAUAACCUCGUACAAAUCAACAAACUUUUACAGGAGAAAAGGGCCUCUUGUAGCCGAAAAGCUUUAUCCAAAAUCACAUACCAAAGGAAAGUCAAAUGGGAAGGACACA